GUUCUGGGAAAUGGCUUGGUGUUUGGGGAUGUGCGGCAGGUUUCAAACUAGUGUUAUGAGUAUUUGCCGGUGUGACAACUUUUCUGUCGUGUUUGGCGUUUUAGUUGCUAGAGCUUGUGUAUUUAAUUAUUCAUCAGCUUGAUUUUGUUGCCUUAUACGAACUUGAGAGGUCGUCUAAAACGUAGGCUUCUUAAAGCUAGUAGCUAAACUCUGCGUUUUUUAACAAAUGCUUGAUUCGAGGAUGAUGAACAAGAACGGGAUGGUGUCAAGUAUACAGACCCGUAUAAGGACCGAUCUAUUCAAGAACAAUUACGACUUGGUUGGCAAAGAAUUGGGCAGGGGGAAAUUUGCGGUGGUGAAGAAGUGCAUUGAGAAGAAGACGGGGAAGGAGCACGCUGCCAAGUUCCUGCGGAAGCGGAGGAAAGGCGAGGACUGCCGGCUGGACAUCAUCAAUGAGAUCGCCAUUCUGGAGUUCGCCAAGUCCAAUCCCUACGUCGUGUCACUCCACGAGGUCUACGAGACUACCUCAGAGAUCAUCCUUGUCCUGGAGUGUGCUGCUGGUGGAGAGAUCUUCAACCAGUGCGUGGCAGACAAUGAUGAGGCCUUCACAGAGCAGGAUGUGAUCAGGCUGGCGAGGCAGAUCCUGACUGGCGUGGCCUGUCUGCACCGUAACAAUGUGGUUCACUUGGAUCUGAAGCCUCAGAACAUCCUUCUGACCAGUGCUCGGCCACUGGGAGACAUCCGCAUCGUAGACUUUGGCCUGUCCCGACGCAUGGACAACAUGAAGGAGGUGCGAGAAAUCUUGGGCACUCCAGAGUAUGUAGCUCCUGAGAUCCUGAGCUAUGAACCAAUCAGCACAGCAACAGACAUGUGGAGUAUUGGAGUCCUGACCUAUGUCAUGCUGGCUGGUGAAUCCCCCUUCCUGGGCAAUGAUAAGCAGGAGACAUACCUCAACAUCUCUCAGGUCAAUGUUGACUACUCCGAAGAUGUCUUUGAGGGAGUUUCGUCCCUGGCCAUUGAUUUCAUAAAGUCCCUGCUGGUCAAGAACCCAAGAGAGAGAGCCACUGCCGAAGAGUGUCUGAAGCACCCCUGGUUGAGCGGGCACCUGCACCCUCGCCCUCACCUCCAUUCCAGCCACCUGUCCUCCCUGGAUGAGCCUGAGGCCAGCCAGUCUGAGUCUGACCCUGAGCCAGAGAGCCCAGCCUCACCCCAAAACCUGGUCAUUGUGGCCUCCUACACCCUGUGCUCCAAUCUGAGUGAUAUGAAGCCGGGGAGAGGCACCUUCAGCUUCAAUGAGCCCUUCCUCACUAAAACCGAGAUCAAGCAAGAGCUCAUCUGCUGAGCUGCACCGGCAAUUCAACCACGGACCACGAAGGUCCAACUGACACCAAGUGAACCAGGCUGAAGGCCCGUAGCGAGGCCUGGUGUGGUUCCAUUCUCAGCACUUUGCAAUUCCUCAUGCCUCAUGCGUGCAUGUGCCAGCGCGGGCACAAUAUGAAUGCAGUGUUAACAGCUUAGCCCUUCUCUGUGGUGCAGAUGGAGAUUGGGAGGAGAGAAUGUUGCUCUUUAUUCGCUUCUCAGCAGGUCUUGAGCAUAGUGCUGGAAAAAAUGGACAAAAACAACCCUAAAAAAAGAAAGAUGCAUUCUUUUUUUCUCCCCAUGCUGUGAAUGAGAAGAAUGUGGGAAGAAUGCUUUUGGUGGUUUGUUCUUUGUUCUUUGUUCUCCCAUUCACGCCACUUAACGCUGACCUUGGACUACUUCCUUCAAAAGGAAGGCCCAUGUCCAGGGACUAUCACAUCAAAGCUUAGCUGGAGCUCCUUACCUUGCAGGACAUAUAUAUUUUUUCUUUUUGCCAAACAUGUCUGAAAUGUCUGUUAGUGAGCUGCCAGAUGUUACGUGGAGAGACACUGCACUGUUGGAAAUUCCUCUUAAAAAGAGUGCAGAAAUGAUAAACUGGUCAUGGGAUCUACCUCACAAUGGCCAGUCGUAAUGCAGUUUCAAGUGUCAAAUGCUCUUCUUGUUUGUUUGUUUUACCCUUAAUGCCCUUAACUCAAGUCUCAUAUCUGAUCAGAACCAUGCAACCAGCAUUUUAAAAAUUAUUAAGGUUUGGUGUCUUUUGUAGCAAUGGACAAUCCAGCUUCUAAGCACUUUGUUAGUGACUAAGCAACAGUUCUUGAAUGUUCAUAUCGGCAAUGGCUUUUGGUGACAUAACUCAAACCACCCAUGUCUGUUGUUGUUUCAGGUAAAGACAAAUGUGUAUGCACACACCAUUUUGUAAAUGUUCUCUAUAACAUUACACCAAGUACCAAGCAGUACACCCUUUAUGAUGUUAACCUUUGAAGACACCUGCUGCUAAUGUUGCGCAGUUUUAUGCAUUUCCUUGACUGUUCAAAAUAGCAUUAUUCACAAAACCCAAAGCUUAUUUUACUUCCUUCCUCUUACAGCUUUACCAUCAGUUCAAGCUGUGUUGAUCAGAAUGCAGCAAUAUCACAAAGACUGGGUAGUAAAUGGAUCAGCUUUCUGUGGGUUUUGGUAUUAUUGUUUCCAAGACUUGUUUGAAUUUCUGACAUUGUCAACAGAGAGAGUACUGAAUUUUGUAUAUUUUUGUUUAUUUUUAUUUGAACGCUCUGUAAAAAAAUAUUUUUCUAUUGUAUUUUUUUGAUGUUUUAAGGCUAUGAAAUUAUAAAAGUUGUUAUAUUAAA